AUGACAAGUCUCUCAAUGCGAAAUGUUACAUGCGAUUAUUACUUAGAAAAACCAAAUGGUUUUAACAAAUUUCGUCUUCGUACCAAUAUUAAAGUACCAAUCAUACGAAUGUUUGGUAUCUUGCAAACAGGUCAAAAAUGUUGUGUACACGUACAUGGUGUAUUCCCAUACAUAGUGAUUCGAAGUGGUGUACAAUUUACACCGGAAUUUGCUUUGUUGUUACGUAACAAAAUUAAUGCAAUUGUUUCGGAUUGCAAUCCACUAUAUAAAUUCAAUAUUAAUUUUGCAAUCUAUCAAAUUAAGUCAAUAACUGCCAGAUCAUUGUAUGGUUAUCAUAAGGACAAUGAAAAUUUUGUGCAAAUUCUUUGUUACAGUCCACUUCAACUUAGAAUUGUAGCAAAUGCUCUACAGAAGGAAGCAAAAAAGAAUUCAAUGUUUCAAGUGUAUGAAUCGCAUGUACCCUAUAUUCUACAGUUUUUCGUAGAUCAUUCCAUAUUUGGCAUGGAUUUAGUCAAUUUCAGUUCAGUUAAAUUCCGUGUAUCUCCGAAACAAAAUUUCAGUGAUUUUUAUUAUCAAGAUCUGAAAGUCGAGAACAUCGUUAACAAUGUGGAGCUCGUGUCGCCGUUGUUACCUUCUACCACUGCAGCUGUUGAAUGCGAUGUUUUCUCCGCGGAUAUUAACAAUGUUUCUCUCCAUUCCACUUCAGUUUCAUGUUUAGAAAUGUUCAAUCCGGGAUUGAAUUAUAUAUGGCAAGACGAACAGCGACGUCGUCAAGAGAAAAGUGAAGAACUAAUUGACGAGUCACAAAAAGAAAGGCCAUCACCGAAUACUGAAAAAGAAAACGAUUAUUUAAAUCGUUUACAUAUUUUCUUCAAAAAUACCGGUCCCAGUGUUUCUUUUAGCUCUGCACAGAAAGACGCUUUAUAUAUUCCAAGGGACAUCAGGAAAGUUGAAGGAAGUGAUCCUUUUGGACGUGAUUUUGAAGCAGCAGAAACUGGUAUAUUUGACGAAGAACUAUUUUUGGAAGUUGAAGAUGAGAUGAAAGAGGUGGUGGAAGACAAUGAACAAGAAGUUGAGGAGGAUUUCGAUUUGGGAGAAGAAAUUGGAGCAGUUUUUGGGCCAGUAAAGUCUACAGAUGCUACAAGUGGCAAUUUAAUACAUUCUCAAACACUGCGAUCAGGAUUGCAACAAUUUGAUCCAGGAGUUUCUGAUGAAAGUGAUAGCGACGAUAGCGCUAUCGAGGAUGAAAUGGCUUCCGAUACAUCUAAUGUUGAAAACGUAUCCGAAGUUGGAAAAUCUGAUAGCCAGCAGUCAACUAAUAGCAACGAUUUGUUUGAAAGUCAACCAGAAAAUAUUAGAAGCUCAACUGUUUUAGCGAUUAGUUCUGGCCGUUCGGGAGAAGGUUCAGGAAAUUCCAGAGCAUCAUCUCAAUAUUCAAUUUUUUCAUUUUUAUCUAAAACUUCACAAACAUCUUCGAAUAGGGCUUCUGAAAGCAUUUCCAGUGGCGAAAGAAGUCAACUUCCUCAACGCAGCGAUGAUUGGAUUGAAAAUGAGGAGGUUAUCAAUUGUGCACAAAGUUAUGAAACGGAUAUUGAGAGUGCCUGGAUUCCGAGAGGCCAGCAAAAUUUAGAGCUAAUGUUUUCGAAAAGUGAACAAUGGUUACGUCCUUCUAAACGACUACCUCUUCGAAAGAGGAUGAGUAAGAUAUGUGAUAUUGAACCUUUCACUACAGAUAUAGGAGAAUCCAUUGAAAGUACAUCUCAAUCGAAAAUGGCAACAGCUGAAGAGCAAGCUUCCGCAUCCUUCACUGAAGAACCCAGUUUCAUCAACUACGAAAAUACAAAAGAAAAAUUGGACCAAACUUUAGUUGUCCCUUCAGUAACUCCAUCGACUAGUGAAAUUGAACAAUCAGAUAUUCAUCAUCUCUGCGCAAUGUCUAUGGAGAUUCUUGCAUUACCAUCGCGUGGAAUGCCAGUACCAGAUCCACAGUAUGAUCAGAUUUUGAGUAUAUUUUAUACAGUUUCGAUGGAUGUUUGCAUACAAGAUGAGAUAAAUAACGUUGACGGUGUUUUGUUGAACAUGGAUGAAGAGCUGGUUGGACAGAAUGAGCAUUAUACUUUUGUAGCUUCUGAAAUUGAGCUGUAUGAUGCUUUUGUUAAUGUUGUUCGGAGAUACGAUCCGGAUAUAAUUAUUGGAUACAAUACGCAGCGCUAUUCUUGGGGUUAUCUGAUUGAAAGAUCGCUUGCCAUUGGACGGAACUUGUUAUCCGAAAUUUCACGCGUUCCUAUCGAGAUCAGUGAUUAUUAUCUUUCUGAGAAGCAGAAAAAAGGCCGGUGGACAAAAGUGUUAGAUCCAACUCCAAGAGGUAGAAUACUUAUAAAUAUGUGGCGUUUUCUUCGACACGAAAUUGCGCUAAGUAUACUGGUUCUGAAACAUAUGAAGCUUCAUUGUCAACUGGAUCUUCUGAUCCUUUUGCGAUUGGAUUUUUUCACGAGAACAUCCGAAAUGGCACGUCUUUAUGGUAUACAGUUCAAUGAAGUACUAACACGCGGUUCGCAAUUUCGAGUUGAAUCGGUGCUUCUGCGACUUGCACGUCGAGAAAAAUAUGUUGCUCCCAGUAUCUCUCCUGCUCAGAGAGGAGCAAUGUGCUCACCAGAGACACUACCAUUGACUAUGGAACCGGAAUCAGAUUUCUAUCGUGAUCCAGUUAUUGUGCUCGAUUUUCAGUCCCUCUAUCCAUCUAUCAUUAUCGCUUACAAUUACUGCUUUACCACUUGCUUGGGGAAGAUAUCGCAUGUUGAGAAUAUCUGCUCAGCAAAUAGAUUAAUCGAAUUUGGUGGUUUGGAAUAUAAUUGUCCGAUAGAUCAUAUCGCUUCAAUGCUUGCCACUAACAGCUUGCACAUAUCGCCAACAGGAGCUAUUUUUUGUCGAAAAACUAUUCGAAAGGGUUUGAUGCCUAUGAUGCUUGAAGAAAUUUUGAAUACAAGAGUAAUGGUGAAAAAAGCUGCAAAGGAAUCCAAAAAAAAUCGACGAGUUGCUCGUAUAUUGGAGGCACGACAAAUGGCGUUAAAAUUGAUCGCGAAUGUAACAUACGGUUAUGCAGCAGCUAAUUUCAGUGGUCGAAUGCCAUGUGUCGAAGUGGCUGACGCCAUUGUAGGCAAGGGGAGAGAAACUUUGGAGAGAGCUAUGAAAUUGGUCAGCGAAGGAGCUUACGGAAGUUUACGAGUGAUCUAUGGUGAUACUGAUAGCAUGUUUGUAGUUUGCCCAGGAGCAACUCGAGCUGAAGCCUUUGAUAUUGGCAGAAAGAUUGCUGAUGAUGUGACCAGAGUAAAUCCGAAUCCCGUGAAGUUAAAAUUAGAAAAAAUUAUGCAUCCACUUAUUUUGGAAUCGAAGAAACGAUAUGUAGGAAUGAGCUAUGAAAGUAUUGAUGAUGUGGAAGGUAUCUUUGAUGCCAAAGGAAUUGAAACAGUUCGAAGGGAUUCAUGUCCGCUUGUUUCAAAGAUUUUAGAAAAAGCGUUGCGUUUACUAUUUGCUAAUGAUAUGAACCGGAUGGUACGCUAUCUGGAUCUACAACUUUCAAAUCUUCCGCAGCUUCCUUUAUCCGAUUUUAUUUUUAGUCGUGAAUAUCGGAAAUCAUAUGCGGAAUCUGCGAUUGUAGCAUCGAAGUUGAUAGCCGAAAAACGAAAAGCUGUAUGUCCACGUUAUGAACCAGAAGUUGGUGAACGAGUUCCAUAUGUAAUUGUUUCCGGUGAACCAAAUAGCACUUUGAUCUCAUGUGUUCGUGAACCUGAAGAAUUCGUUUUCGAUCGCCGUUUAAAAAUCAAUUUUGAAUAUUACGUAAGACGUCAAGUGCUGCCUGCACUACAUCGAGCUCUUGACCUUGUCCCAAUCAAAAUUGAAUGGCAUUGUCCCACAACUGUUGGUUGCUACAAUUGUGGAGCAUUAGGUACACGAUUAUGGUGCGGAAAAUGCAUCAUUGACCCGAAAGCUCUUUUGUUAUCAGUAUGUGAUUAUUACCGAGAGAGGCGCCUGCUCGCUCAGCUCAAUGAUAAAUGCCGUAAAUGUUUAUCAUUACGAUCAAUUAGUAUCGAUUAUAACAAAUGUGUCAAUAUGGCUUGCAUCGUCAAGCAAAAACGAAUUCUUCUAGACCGUUCAGUGGCUGAAUUAGCAAUAAGAAAUCAUUUUUUAACAGGCGAUAAAUCUUGCCUGCAAACAUAG